AUGGAGGCUGGAACAACCCCCGAAGUCCCGCAAGCCGCUAAGAAACCCACGGCAGUAAAAACUUUAAUGCCAGGCAGCACAGUGAAGCCGCAUUUGGCCGCACCAUCACCAGGAGGUCCAGUGGCUUCACGAUUGAGGUCUCGUACCAGAACCAAAACCAUCUCUGGGGCUCCGAGGGUAACCUAUACCGAACCUGAAACUAGCGCAAUAGAGGAGACAGAGGACCCUCCAACGACCUCUCAUCAAAAGUAUGAAGGCGACCCAAAUUCGCCUCCGAUAAGACUUGUCUCCCCUCUUCCACCGCAGUUUGGUGAAGACUCGGAUGAUGAUGACGUAUUCGAUCUUCCUUCGCUGCCCAACAAUGCUAUUGUGGAAAUUUCCAAAGAUCCUAGGAAGGACUCCAUCUCAGCAGAACUUGACAUAGACGAGCCGCCGCUGGUACUUGAUCAGGAUGAUGCCCAUACUGGGACUUCGUAUUCACCGGCAGGGCCUGAAAGAAAAACCCUCCAACGAACUCCUGCUUUUUUAGAAAGCCUUCAGAAAUCCUUCCUGGCCCUUGAUAAAAAACAUCAAGAAAAGGGUUUUGAUCUCUCUGAAUUUGAGUCCGAAGAGGAGGAAGAAGAAGAGAAAGAAGAAAGCGAAGAAGACGAGGAAGGGGAGGAAAAAAAUUUUGGAGAAGACGAUCCUACUAUCAGGACAAGGAACAAACGUAGAGCUAAAAAAAUUGCGAAGUUACUUGCAAGUAUGGAAAACUUGGAAUCAAGUCUGAAUAAAUAUCUUGGGAAGACACCUGAUCCCUCGCCAGAAUUGCGAAAUUUAUCAGAGGAAUAA